AUGGAGAUCUUACAUGUGCUUAAGCGUCAUCUUACUAACUUAUAUCCUGCUAAGGGUGAUGUCGGUUGCACCCUCACUAUUCUUUGUCCAAUUUGCUCAGUUAGUUCAAACCAGGGACAGGGACAGCGCCACCUCCAAAAUUUAGAUGAUUGCUUAAAGUAUGAUUCAAUUCCAUGUGGAACAUGUUCUAUGUCAACUGCUAAGAUUCGGUUAUAUUUCAAAGCAGAAUUGAGCUUCAGUAAAGAAAUUAGAAAUUCCUACGCACUCCAAACAUUAACCACUGACCUGGGAACUGAGCAAAUGCGAAAGUAUUUCAUGAGGAAAGGUAAGCUGAGAGGCAAACAUGAGGUCGGAAAGUUUCUGUCAUGGCAGAGAAAAAAUGGACCUUUAAGGGAUGUAGACUUUGGAGAUGAAGCGUCAAAGAUUUUCACAGCAGAUGUGGACAUCGACUCGUUUGAUAUUACCAUCCUGAUGUCCUUAAUUCAACAUUGCUUUACUCCUCAAGGCGAUAAAUUCUGGGAGAAUCCACCAGAUGUUCAGGACAAGUCCAAACUGGCAAAUUUGAGAUGCAUUCAACUUUACAAAGAAAGCACUCUAGACUGCAGUCAUAGCAACAGGACUACAGAUGUAGAGUUUGACAAACAGUGGAAGGAACUUGCCACGAUCUUUAGAAAUAUCGGAGUUCCCAAUGAAGACAUUCAGAAAUACCACAAGCUAAGCAUAGCACAACCAGUUAGAGGGUUUGAGCAGGAAAACGUUGAAGAAAUCAGAAAUUUCCAUGUUAUUCUAUCAGUUGUCGUUGAUGUCGGCACUGUAACUAUGAGGGAAUACUUUUUGGAGGUUGCUAAUCAAGGCAAGACAAAACAAAACAAGACUACUAAACUUGACAAAAAAGAAGUUGGACAAUAUCUGAUGAAUGAGAAAGGAAAAGGUAGCUUCAAAAAUGUAAAAAUUACUCCUGAGCAGAACGCAAAGAUGUUCACACCAACAGCUGACAUUGACACGUUCGAUAUCUCAAUUAUGUAUUUGAUAAUCCGUAACUGUUGUAGCAUUCCAUACUCAUUUUGGAAAGAUCCAGAUAGAUUGCCUAGCUUGGUGCACAUCCAUCGCUACAGGAACACAAAGCUUGCACAUUCUCCCAACAGUAAAAUGUCAAAUAAAGAAUUUGAGAUCGAAUGGAAGAAAGUGAGAGCAAUGCUACACGCUGCUGGUGCUUCUUUCAAUGACAUUGACAAAUAUAUGGGGCUAAGAUUUAUAAACUAAAGGAAUACGCCUACAGGCAUGGAAAGGCGAAGCAGGUAUGGUUAGAUAUUGCUGUACUAUGAUGUACAACACUCAACCGACGUCAUGGAACUGGCUCACUGACGUCAUCAUAACUGAAUCAAAUUUUGUGCAAUGCAUGGAUUUUCUUUGUUGUGUAUUUGUAAAUUCGAUAAUGAAACAAUUAUUUAAAUUGAUGUAGUACUAUAUAAUAUAACAUUUUACUUUUCGUGAAUUUCUGAUGUUUCCAAUUUUAAUGUAGCUUUUCCUGUCUUGUACUAAUGCUUGGUUAAUGUUUUAUAUUUUGUAUAAUAUGUAUUUUUGUAAAUAGGCCUAUUAUGUAGCCUUGGCUGCGAUUUUAAUACAAGAUACAAGAAACAGAAACUCAUUCAGAUCACUUACACCGGCACGUCUUCUCAUCUAUGCCCUCUCUUUUAAAGCUGCAUUCACAUUGAGUCUGAUCUGAAAUUUGGACCGCUUUUCCGUUACGCCGAACGCCGGUGUCCCUAUUCUUACAUACUGAUCCGAUUCUAUGAUCGGUUCGGUAGGCUUUGGGAUUCUGUCGAUGUAAAUGCUUAAGCCUUCUUAUAAACUACACGACAAAGAAAUAACGGCAUAAUAAACUUUAGAUGCCAGCUAUGUAUAUUAAACAUGUUGUCACUGCGCAUAGGCUAUGAUAAGGGUUCCCAGACACGCUUUGAAUUGAUUCCUAAAAUUACUUUAUUUGGUCAGUUAUCAGUACAGUAUUUAAUUAUAUUUUCCACUUUAUUUUUACAAUCUUUUGAAAUGAUAUGUCUUAAGAAUACCUGGAUACGUACAUCAGAUUUGCUGAUAAUUAUGUCUAUUUUCAUUUGUUUCAGUGUACUUAAAGGCUACAUGUUUCGUUUUUUAAUCAAUAUUUUUUAAAUAUAUGAUUUGUUUUUCCAUUUUUUGGGUUUCAACUACUGAACCCGGCCGGAUCCAGUGAAUAAUUUUGAUAAGGGCCAUGUGUGUGCGUUGUGGUGGUGUGGUAUAGUCGACUGUAAAAUACGAUCGCUUUUAUAGAGUACAGUACAUAGAGAAAUGGUAUCAUGCAGAGCUUUCGAUACGAUUUUUUACUCUCCCCACUUCCUCCUUUCCCUUUAUUCUGUCCCUUUGGGGGCGGGGGUGGGCUGGGGCUCUAGCCUCAUUUCUUCUCCCAUAAUAUUUAGGCUAUAUAUAGCUGUAAUUUAUGGAUACCAAUGACUGUCACUUUGGAAUGAGAAACAUGUAUAUAAUAAUAGUAGCAAUAAUAAUGAUUAUAGUAAUAAGAAUAUUUAGGUCUAUUGCAAUA